CCCUUACGUCACUUCCGGGUUCCGCCCCCGCCCCUCCCUCAGCCCUGAGGGGGCGGGAGCGGCCCCAAAUUUGGGGGAAUUUUGGGUUUUUUUGGGAAUUUUGGGUUUUUUUGGGAUCAUGGAGGGACCCCCCGAGGAAGAGGAGCCCCAGGGGCUGGUGAUGGUGGUGACGGGCGGAUCCGGGUUCCUGGGCUCUCACCUGGUCCAGGUGUUGUUGGAGGCGGAGCCGGAGCUUCGGGAGCUUCGAAUCCUCGACCUCAACCCCGACCCCGAGAUUGUUCCGGAACGGCACCGCUCCCGAGUCCGUUUUUUCCACGGAGACGUCGCCGAUUUUGGGGCUCUCGGCGCCGUUUUUGGGGGUGCCCGGGUGGUUUUCCACAGCGCCUCCCUGGUGGACGUUUGGGGGAACUGCAGCCCCGAGGCCAUCGCCAGGGUCAACGUACUGGGCACCAAGAACGUGAUCCGGGCCUGCCGGGCCCAGGGGGUUCCGAUCCUCGUCUACACCAGCAGCAUGGAGGUGGUGGGGCCAAACACCAGGGGGGAUCCUUUUGUCAGGGGAGAUGAGGAGACUCCGUAUCCCACCCGGCACUCGGAGCCGUAUCCGCUCAGCAAGGCUCAGGCCGAGCGCCUCGUGCUGGAGGCCAACGGGAGCAGGCUCUCCGGGGGCGGGCGGCUCCUGACGCUCUCCCUCCGCCCCACCGGGAUUUUCGGGGAGCGCCAGCGGCUCCUGGAGCAAUUCCUGCGGCGGGGGAGGGGCCUGGGGGGGUGGGUGCCCCGGGGGCUCCCCCGGAACGCCGAGCACGGACGGGUGUACGCAGGUAACGUGGCCUGGAUGCACGUCCUCGCCGCCCGCGCCGCCCGUUCCCGCCCGGCCUCGGUUGCCGGCGAAGUUUUCUUCUGCUACGACUCCUCCCCCCCCAUCCCUUACGAGGAUUUCAACUUCCGGCUCCUCCGUCCCGCGGGAAUCCGGGAAUUCCCAAUCCCGGAAUUCCUGCCGGGAAUCCUGGCCCGGCUCAACGGGGUCCUCAGAGGGGUUUUGGGGGCGUUGGGGGUGGGGUUUGCGCCGCUGUUGAAUCCCUACACGUGGGCGGUGGCGCGGACGGCGUUCACCGUACGCACGGACAAGGCCGAGAAAAGAUUCGGCUUCCGGCCGAUGUUUUCAUGGGAGGAGGCGAGGGAGAGGACGGUGGAGUGGGUGAAAGGGUUGGAAGGGGCGUGAAAUGGGGGAAAUUUGGGGGAAAACGGUGAAAAAACAGCGAAAAACGGUGAAAAAAUGGCGGAAAACGGAAACAAAAUGGCGGAAAAUGGAAACAAAAUGGCGGAAAAUGGGAACAAAAUGGAGGAAAACAAAAUGGCGGAAAAUGAAACAAAAUUAGGGAUGAAAGGGUUAAAAAUUGGGUGAAAUGUGGGAAAUUUGGGGAAAAAUGGUGAAAAAACGGCGAAAAACGGUGAAAAAAUGAUGAAAAAAUGGCGGAAAACGGAAACAAAAUGGCGGAAAACAAAAUGGUGAAAAAUGGGAACAAAAUGGCAGAAAAUGGAAACAAAAUGGGGGAUGAAAGGGUUAAAAAUUGGGAGAAAUGGGGGAAAUUUGGGGAAAAAUGGUGAAAAACGGUGAAAAAAUGAUGAAAAUAUGGGGGAAAAUGGAAACAAAAUGGCGGAAAAUGGGAACAAAAUGGCGGAAAACAAAAUGGCGGAAAAUUAAAACAAAAUGGCGGAAAAUGAAACAAAGUGAGGGGAAAUGGGGGUGAAAGGGGUUAAAAAUUGGGAGAAAUGGGGGAAAUUUGGGGAAAAAUGGUGAAAAAAUGGUGAAAAAUGGUGAAAAAAUGACGAAAAUAUGGCGGAAAAUGGAAACAAAAUGGCGGAAAACGGAAACAAAAUGGCGGCUCAUGAAAACAAAAUGGCGGGAAACAAAGUGAGGGGAAAUGGGGGGUGAAAGGGUUAAAAAUUGGGAGAAAUUUGGGGAAAAAUGGUGAAAAAAUGAUGGAAAACGGAAACAAAAUGGCGGAAAACAAAAUGGCGGCUCAUGGAAACAAAAUGGCGGGAAUUGGGGGAAAAUAGCGGGAAAGCAGAAACAAAAUGGCGGCUCAUGGAAAGAAAAUGGCGGGAAACGAUAACAAAAUGGCGGCUAAUAAAAACAAAAUGGCGGGAAACAGAAACAAAAUGGCGGGAAAGAGAAACAAAAUGGCGGGAAAUGGAAGCAAAAUGGCGGGAACAGAAAGAAAAUGGCGGGAAACGGAAACAAAAUGGCGGGAAACAGAAAAAAAUGGCGGCUAAUGGAAAGAAAAUGGCGGGAAACGGUAACAAAAUGGCGGGAAAU